UUGCUUUUACACAAAUUGUGCAGAAAACUAGAUUUUGCUAUGUAAUUUGGACCACUUCAUGUCCUCUCUCGGAUCCUCUGGUUUUUUAUACAUGAUACGUAUGAUCACAGAAAAAAACCUUUUAGAACAUAUGGUACGAUAAUCGACGCUGUCACGUUUCGAUUGGCCGGGAUUCUGGAUGCAGUAGCAGAUCGCGCCAAUCGUCUUUGCGCACACCUCCAAUUACGUGUUUAUGUAAUUUUAACCUCAUAUGUAUCUUUUCUUUCGUACCGCUCGCGCGAAGCAGGGUGGUCGGCGAACUCGGGGGUAUAGGUCUAAUUAAUGGAAAUAUUUCGUUAAUACAUUGACAAAAUGGAGGCACUUGUGAAUUUUUGGGAGAGACAUAUUCUCGAAACGAUUUUAAUCAUGAUAUGGCUGUUGAGCUUUUGGCAUUAUUAUUUGAACUUCCGCCAGAGGACAUUACUGAAAUGUCUGAGUGAUUUACCAAAGUCGGUCGAGGGUUUAAUGAGCAAGGAGACAUACGACAAGGCUCGUGCGUAUUCAUUACACAAGAAUACCUUCAAUACUGUGCAGGAUGGAUAUUCUAAAAUUUAUAAUACUUUAAUCCUGAUAACUUAUGGAUAUUACUACUUUUGGCAAUGGAGCAUCGAUAUAGCAAAGUACUUUGGUAUCAAUCAUGAGAGUGAAAUGCUAAUAAGCGCGAUAUGUGUGUUGAUUAUAGGUACAGUCACUCAUAUAUCCAGUCUGCCGAUAAUGAUAUAUGACACUUUUGUAUUGGAACAGAAGCAUGGCUUUAACAAACAAACAGCUCUAUUUUUUAUUAAGGACGAAAUUAAGAAGUUCCUUGUGACUCAAAUUAUCACUUUACCUCUUCUUUGUGGCAUGAUCUGGAUUGUGCAAAACGGUGGCGAUUAUUUCUUCUGGUACUUGUGGAUGUUAUCUGUGGUAGUCACUUUAUUCAUGAUGAUGCUGUAUCCGGAAGUAAUCGCGCCAUUAUUCGACAAAUAUUCACCAUUGCCUGAGGGCGAAUUAAAGCAAAAGAUCGAAGAAUUGGCGGCUUCCUUGAAGUUUCCCUUGUACAAGCUAUUUGUGGUCGAAGGCUCCAAGAGAUCGUCGCACAGCAAUGCCUAUCUAUAUGGUUUUUACAAGAACAAGAGGAUAGUUCUUUAUGAUACACUCAUCAAGGGUUAUUGCAAGAAAGACGAAAAUGAUGCUGAGAAAGAGCAACAGGGUUGUGAAACAAAUGAAAUAUUGGCGGUGCUCGCUCAUGAACUGGGUCAUUGGAAACAUAGUCAUACUAUAAAAGGACUUCUGCUGAGUCAGAUAAUACUUGUAGCCAAUUUCAUUAUGUUUGCCAAACUCUUGCGGUACACGCCAAUGUAUGUCGCUUUUGGCUUUGUGGAUACUCAGCCCAUUCUUAUUGGCCUAUUUAUAGUAACAAUGUACAUUUUAAUACCCGUGAAUACGGUCUUCAAUUUUAUUUCCGUGGUGAUCAGCCGAAGAUUUGAAUUUCAAGCAGAUCAUUUUGCCACGAAAUUAGGCCACGGCGAGCAUUUGAAGAGUUCUCUGUUAAAAUUACAGAAGGACAAUUUGGGAUUUCCUUUAUAUGAUAAAUUGUACUCCUCUUGGUAUCAUUCACAUCCGCCUACCCUCGAACGAUUGGAAGCGAUAGAUAAAAGUAAAUAAGGGACGAAUUUUUCAUUCUACGCGAUUUCCAUAACUUUGCAGACGUAAAAGAUGAAGCCUGGAGCUUACCCAUACACAGGCAUUAGUUGUUGUUUACGUUAAUUUUAUACGUCCUGUAUUUUUUCUUUUUAUUUUAAUUAUUCUAUUAUCCAGUUGAGGAUAGUAGAAUAAUUAAAAUAAAAACGGGAUCUAAACAUAGGUUCAAGAUAAUUAUGCUUCCUGUUUAUUGUCAUAAUGUCAAUGCGAUUCUGUUCGUAUUACAACAUCCGUCUUUUAUAAUUCACUCCAGUUAGAUAAGAACUUUUAAUAGAGUUUUACUAUCGUUCAACGUUUUUAUAUAAAAGAUAUAUAUAAUAUAUAUUAAUAUAUUCCAGCAUUUAAUAUUUACAUAUGCAUUUUUCCAGUAUCGUUAAUCUCGUGAGCAAUGAUCACGAUAUUUUGUAAGAUAUUUUCUCUAUGCUUGUAGGGAUUUAUCUCACAUUUGGAUAUUUCGAGCAUAUUUUAUUUUUCGAGGAUAUAGUGAUUAAUUACGUCUUGUAUAUACGUUUUAGAAUUUAUGCUUUACUAUUCAAUAUACCGUUAUUUAUCAUUCCUAGAUACAGAUUCUAAAUGCCUCUAAGUAAAAGUUCAACUAACUUUAGGAUAAACGCGAAAUGUAGGUCGAUAUUUAACGUUGUUUUUACAAUACUGGGAAUUUGUAAAAAUAUGUCUGUCACGUCCAGUGAAUAAUUCACAUAUCCAUCUUCGUGUUAAUAGCCAUAUAUCUUUUAUGACCGCAAAACAAACGUGCGUUGAGAAUACACUUGAAAAUUUUCUGAUUCUUCACAAUAUGACAAUGUCAAGGAAGAUAAUGUAUCUGUCUCUUCUAGUGUGAGCACUUUUACUAUUCAAUAUUAUAUAUACAAAUUAUAUAUAAGUAAUCCAAUAUAUCCAAUUGUAUAUGCACCUUAUACAUAAGUGUUCAAUUUAAUUAUCUACAUGUGAACGAGCGAAUGAUAAAGGCUGCAUUAAUAAUAUUAUACAAACAUUUUUUUUCUCAUUCUUACAUUUAGCCUUAAAUGACUGAAGAUAAAAAUAAAGAAAGAUGUGGAUACGUGUGUGUACAUUCAUUUUUUGCAAUAUUUGUGUUAGUUAUAAAAAUAAAAACUUAAGGGUUCUCCUAAUAAACUUGCAGUAUACAUCGCAACUAGCCUGCUUACAAAUGUAUGUUAGUUUACUUAUGUAAUAUGUAUAUAUAUAUAUAUUCAAUACAUUUAUGAGCUCGA